AUUCCGCGGCAGCAGCAGCAGCAGCAGCAGCAGCAGGAGCCGGCCGCGCGGCGAGCGAGGCGUCGUGGCCUCGGCUGGGUCGCUAUGGGAAGCCGGCCGCGCCCGCCAGCCCCGCGCCCGCCGCCGCCGCCCCCGCCCGCCCCGCCGCAGCCGCCCUCGGAGGCGGCCUCUCGCUGAGGCCCCGCGCGCUCCCUCCGCGGGCCAUGCGCCUCCCGGGGCUCUGCUAGCGGCCUCCAUGGGCGCCUAGAGGACCCCCGCCCGCCCUCCGCCCUCCGCCAUGGGCGCCCCCGGAGCCGCCCUCGUGGCCAGCCUCGUCGCGGUGAGUGGGGCGGGGAGGGCAGAGGCCGCGGAGGGAGAUGGAGCGGGGCCGGAGGGAGGCAGCUGCGCUCUUGCGGCAAGCCAGACCUCCGCCAAGGAGCCCGGGAGCGGGGCAUAGUCCUCCGGCGCAUAAGGGAGCACCGUGCGGGCAGCCUUCGGGGGCGGCUGGAAGUCCCGCUGGGAAGCUGCUGCUGGGGUUGGAAGAGAGGAGCUUCUCCCGGUUCGGGCUGACGUGGGUCGCUUGCUGACCGGGGCCCUGGAUCCUGCCAUCCGCUGUCUCAUAGUCCAGGCGCCAAGGAACUGGAUUUAUUCUGACCCUGUCGAGUACUGUUACAGCAGAACACUUUCAUGUUUAGUACAUUUAUAUCCCACCUUUCCUUCAAGGAACUCAAGGCAGCAGCAUGCAGGGUUCUCCCCCCCCCCCAAUUAUCUCUGCCCCCCAAACCCUGUGAAGCAGGCGGGGCUGACGGAAUGGCACUGUCACAGACUGUAUCUUGGCAGAGCGGGGAGUUGAAGCCGGGGCUCUCCAUUCUUCAUGGGGUGCCCCUAGCCACCACACAACUUGGAAUGGUAUUUUUUCUGGGUAUAUUGAAAGCAUAAGUGUUUGGGGUUCCACAUGUAUAUCUUUGCAACUGAAUCCCUCUGUAAUGUGUGUGUACAACUUGUGCAAAUUUUGAUUGUGUGCAAAUAGUAAUCCUGAAAGUCCAGCAAAAAGAAUUGAAACUGCCAUCAGGAUACACUGUUUGUACAAAAGCUUUUUUAAAAAUAGCAAACAAUCUUCUUGGGGUUUUCCUGACCAACAGGCAGAGCCUUUCUGAAGUCCGAUUUAUCCUUUGCAUGGUUCUUGCCACCAUGCUAUCAUUCAUUUUAAUCUUGCGUGCGUAGAAAAAUGACUAUUUUAUUGUGAUAGAUGCUGGGGCAUAGAUUUGUUACAUUUUCUCCCAUUCUUUGAAAACAGUCUGGUUAUCAAAAUCUCCAGCAUGAGUCUUAAAAGGAAACAACAACAACAAAUCAGUGGUUUUGCAGAAGUGGAGGAUGAGUGCCCUGGUGGAACUGUAUCCAUUGUGUGCUCAUUCUGGAAGUGGGGGGGGGGGGGACACCCAAGCUGAAAAGCAAAAAAUGAUGGGGAAAUGGCAAGCACUCCCACUGCACCCACCCCCAGCCGUGGUUGUGAUUGUGCUUAUCUCCGUUUUCUGUCAGGGUGAGAUUAGCUGAUGCAGGGGUGGCCAGCUUUGAGUAAAUUUCCCUUUCCAUUAAGCUAGUGGGGAGGAGCUUCCCCUGCCACUUGGGAGCUGGCGUGUGCCUGGCGGUUUGCAGGGCCAGCCAUUGUGCUGGCCUGUCUGCCAUGCCAUGGGCUGCUCCAGCGGCAGACCUUCGAAGUCAACUUAACUGGCUUAGCAGGGGAAAUGAGCCCAGGUUUCUCCUACCCGAGUGCAGCAAUCUGUACUCAAGGAGGUGGGGGCAGAACAUCUCCUGGGAUCGAGUGGUAGAUCCCAGGACCAUUUGCCUAAAAGAUAUCCUUGCUGCUGUGAUCACGCCCCCUCAACUCAGGCCCCUGGGAGAUGGAGUGGCUCCAGAAAACACUCUUAAGGGGUUGUGGUUGUUACUGGAGAAGAAGGUAAGAAGGCAGGCCAUCUGUGGGGCAGGAUGAAGUGAAUAUCUGGGGUGGAAGCAUUUUGUACUGGGGAGAGAUUGGAGAGAGAAGAGGAAAUGUUAUAAGGCCGCUUCCUAUGUUCCUUUCUGCAGUCGAAAAGCUUUUGUAACUCUGCUUCAUCAAGGGCUCCCUAUUAAAUUUCCAUCUCAGUGGGUUUCCACAGUCUUUCCUGCCCUGCCUGAGAAGCCAUGUCUGGGCAACCAUUAAUCAGAAUAUUAACCCUGACAGAAUAUUAACCCUGGGCCACUCCCCAUUUCUCAACUAUAAGUACAUUACAUCUUUAUUGGGCCUUGACGACAAAAGCAACAAAAUGACCUUCCAUUGUUGGUACAGAAAUUCUACUCUUAAAUCUCUAGAAAUCUCCAGUGCAGUCGCGUUGCUGCUAGGAUGUGAACAGCCCUGUGGCCAUUUAUUUGAUAGACUUGUAGGUUUUAAAUUUCACAGGCAGUUGUGGUAGUUUAGUAUUUAGGGCCGAAUCUUAUUUGGGAAGAUAUAAUGGAAACAGUUCUUUGCUCUUCCGGUGACCAUCGUGCUCAAAAUGCUGCACACCCAAAAUUACCGUCACUUGGUUGACUGCUAAGAGUUCAACAAAAGUGUUAACCACCUGCAUGUGCAGGCUAACUGCAGCUGAUCCCAACAAGAGCAAGAAUGCAGGAUAAUAGUCUUGAAGGGCACUUAAUUCCAGUUGCUAUAACCAUGUGGAGUGGACUUAAACUUUGGAGCCCUGAAAACUGAGCCAGUUUAAUUUAGCAACUCUGUUUUGUUACCUACUGGCGAAAAUCUUACAUUGCAAAGUAUGAUUUCAAAAUAGAUUUGAUUUUUUUAAAUUGACACCUCUUCAGAGAUCUAUUUUAUUAUGCCAGCAUUAAAUCUGAUGUGCUGGCAUUGGGGCUUCUCCUGACCCCCACCCCUAGCUGAUGCUCAUAUGGGGGGGCAUGGGGAAGGAAAAGGAAAAGGGGGGAAGGCCCCAUCGUACUAGCAGAAGUCUUUCUGCAGGCUUCUGCAAACAGGACUCAUUGGUUGAAUCCAGUGCACAAUAAAAUGGAUAUUUGAAUCAACAGUCAUUAGUGACUAAUUCAUGGAGAUAAUAGAAUAAUAGAACUGUAGAGUUGGAAGGGAUCCCUAAGGGCCAUCUAGUCCAACCCCCUGCAAUGCAGGAAUCACAGCUGCUGAAUCCCUGGUAGAUGGCCAUCCACCCUCAGCUUAAAAACCUCCAAGGAAGGAGAGUCCACUACCUUCCAAGGGAGUCCGCUGCUUACUAUAGCCUGCAUAGCCAUUUUAAUGCCCUUCCUUCUAGUUGGGAGAGAUGGGUUUAGAGCUCUUUCCUACCUCAUUUAGUUGUGUGUGUGUGUCUCCUCCCCCGAAUUAUUUGAUGUCACCGGCAAGCUUGACCACCCUGCUGUUCACCCCCUUAAUGCUAGAUAAUUUAUAAACAAGCUAAAAAGCACUGGCGCCAAUAUAAAUCCCCCCCUCCACACUGAUUACAUCCCUCUAUUAGGAAAGUUGUCAAUUAAUUCCCAGUCUUUGCUUCCUCUGUUUUAGCCCGUUUCCAAUCUAUAAGAGGACUUCCUCUCUUACCCCAUGUGUCUUUGCUGAGAAACUUUAUCUAACACUUUUUGAAAGUCCAAGUAUACUGUGUCUUUCCGCUCUCUUGGAUCAUUCCUUUCCAUGUGUUUGUUGACCCUGUCACAGAACUGAAUGAUUCUUUCACCAGUUUACCCAGAAAUUAUGCUAACAGGCCUGUAACUUCCUGGAUCCUUUUUCCAUUGGCUGCUUAAUGUUCUCUGGCAGAUGAGGCUGUUUUAGGGCUACAGGAGGAGGACAACCGUUCCGGGAUGGGGGCAGCUCAAAGGGUCAAAGGCAGCUUCUCCUCGGAGAGUCUUCUGCCAGUCCUCUGCCAGAGGCUUUCCAAAAGGCAAUUCAGAGGGAAUGGGUUACACCUGCCUGUAAGAAAGAACCCCACAGGGUCUAUACGUGUCUGUCAGGAUGCUAUGGAAAAUCUUUAAAGUGCCAUUAGUAGACAUUUUGUUGGCAGCUUUUUAGCAGCUUGCGUAUUUCUCCCUUCAGAAGCUGAUGACCUGCCUAGAGAUCAGGGCAGCAAACUUUGGCUCAUGGAUUGGUAGAUGGGCAAAAACUCUUCCAGGCCGUGAGCCGAGCAUGUCUUUCAAAUGCAGUUACCUAAAUAGAGUAAAGCUGAUACGGCUUGCUGUGACCUGCCUUAUGGUCUGUAGCUAACUUACAUUUAUCUCUGUGUUUCAGGGAUUUAUGUUCCUUGGUACCACUGAUGCUCAGUCAAAGCUGACAUCUGAACAGAAUGCCAUAAGCCUCUCUUCUGGCACAUACAGCCAUUUGGAUCGUGCCACUAACACAAAGCUGACUUGUGACAAAUGUCCCGCAGGAACCUAUGUGUCUAAGCACUGCACAACGACCAGCUUAAGAGAGUGCAGCCCAUGCGCCAGUGGAACAUUUACAAAGCAUGAAAAUGGGAUAGAGAGAUGCCAUCCAUGUAAAAAGCUGUGUGAGCCGCCGAUGGUUGAGAAAACCCCUUGCACUGCUUUGACGGACCGUGAGUGCAUCUGUCCGCCUGGUAAAUUUCGAGACGGUGAUGCUUGCAAAUCUUACUCCGUGUGCCGCGUUGGGUGGGGCCUAAAAAAGAAAGGAACUGAAACAGAAGAUGUCAAGUGUAAACCUUGCCCUCGUGGCAGCUUCUCUGAUGUGCCUUCUAGCAUGCUGAGAUGCAAAACAUUCACUGACUGCUCACGAGCAAACAUGGUUGUGAUCAAACCAGGGACAAAAGAGAGAGACAACACUUGUGGACUUUCACCAGCUUUUCUGACUGGAGCUGGGCUUUUGUCAGGACCAGAAGAGGGUGGAGAACAUUACAAAGUUCCUUCUACUUUUCUUUCCAAAGGUAAGUGAACAGCAUUGCCAAACGUCUGUAGCUAGGGCAUACAAGAUUGGGCAAGAAGUAUGGUAUGUUACAUUUUUGUAUACAGUAUAUUUAUAUCUUUUUUAUUAUACACAUCUUUGUUGUCGUCCCCCAUCCCCUCACUUCCCCCUCUUUUUUCUCUGUAUCACUUUUUCUUUAGAAUUGAAAUUCUUUCAAUAAAAUAUUAAUAUUAAUUUUAAAAAAAUUAAGUGUGCUUUUCUGAGAAAGGAGCUGGUAAGGCGUUAGCUGUGUUUUGGAAUGCCUUCUGUACAGAGGCACUUCCAGCUGAUGCAUUACAUGGUAUUAGAGACCCUUUACCCAGCUGCCAAGCGGUGCAAUUAUCUCUUGGGUCAGCUCCACACUGGUCAGGGUCUAUUUCUGCCCUGGUGGUGGUUCUGUGUUUAGCACAGCAUGCCAUGACUUUUCUGAGCAGUCUGAAGCCAUGGAGAUGGGAGAGGCUUUUAUCUUGUAAUCCUCCUAUGCCUGCAUCCCUCACAGGGACUCUCAUGGAACUUCGUGGGACUUCUGGGUAGAUAUGCCUAGGAUUAUAUCAAAUAAGAUCUUCUUUUAUCCCAAACGCUUCAGACUAGCGCCAUCCUGUUCAUGAUUCUGUUGCUUUGCAGCAGUCAGGAGAGUAGGUGCUGAUUGAUUUGAAUGGUGGCUUGUUCCAUUUUGUUUUGCAAUUUAUAUAUUGUUAUGUAAACACCUCCAUGGACACACAGGUGGACAUCCCUCCUUUGGAUACAAUCCAAACUGCAACCUUAGUAGCUCUUGCAUAGCAAGGGUUGUGGAAUCAGUUUGUACUCAGUGUCCAUUCACUGUUAUGGAUCAAAACACCAUUACUGCAAAUGUUUGCCAUAGCAUAAAAAUCAUAAUUGGAAUAAUUUUAUGAUCUAAGUCUAUAUGUGCUAUUUCUUUAGAAUGAACUAAAAACUGGGUUGACAUGCAAUUGGAAUAUUCCCAAUGUUCAUCAGAUACCUCCAGCCCUUUUCAAUACAUAAACUAUUGUAUUGGUGGGAUAAAAUGUAUUUUUGUUAACUUUCUGGCUGACAUAAUGUAGCAACAGCUAAUCUUAGUACAGUGGUACCUCGGGUUGCAUACGCUUCAGGUUACAGACUCCGCUAACCCAGAAAUAGUACCUCGGGUUAAGAAUUUUGCUUCAGGAUGAGAACAGAAAUCGUGCUCUGGCCGCGCGACGGCAGCAGGAGGCCCCAUGAGCUAAAGUGGUGCUUCAGGUUAAGGACAGUUUCAGGUUAAGAACAGACCUCCGGAACGAAUUAAGUACUUAACCCGAGGUACCACUGUAUUAAUAAAGCUACUGAUCAGUUUCGCUGAAACUUACCAGAAAAAUAAUAAAUCAAGAUAACAAACUUUUAAUAAAAGAAUGGAAAUGGUUUAUUGAAUAUCUACAAACUGUAAACGGAUAAGAACAUUGGGUGGAUUAUUGUAAUAACCUGUAGUUUUAUAAGAGUAUAUAUUUGAAAUACAUGAAUAACUUAAGUUAAUUUAGAAUAUGCAGGAAAUGUAAAAAAUAAAUUUAAGGAACCGCAGAAAGAGGAGGAAGUAAGUCAGGGACUUUAAAAUGGCUUCAGUGGAUCCAUCGUAUUACUCAGAUGUAGCUAUUGAAGUCGGAUCUGAUUGUGGUAACAAAGUAUUGUAUCAAAAAUAUGAGGGACUGAAUCAAGGUUGUUAAAGUAAGAUCCUGGUUCAUUGCUGUGCGAUACAUUAUGACAAAGCAUGGCUGCCAAACUGAAAGAGGCGAAGCAACAGACGUGGCCGGACUUGAGCCAAUAUAUUCUCUUGGUCUCAGCAUAGCAUGUUUAGAAAACUUAAUUCAUUUCUGACACUUUUUCUUUGUAAUGAACUAUCAAUGGCUUUCACCAUAAAAUCUGGUCAUGCCUAAUCUAGAACAAGGAGAAAAAGCAUGCUUAAUGUCAUGUGCAUGUUUGAUUAUUUUUGCAAGUUUGGGAUCCCUGCAAAACAAUGGCUACACUUUGUUAGAAUGAUGAGCAAGGUGUUGGUUUGAUUUUUGCUGUUUAGUUUUGGUGUUGUAAACAUUUUUGAAUAUUGCAAAACUUAACUGAAAGCUUAAUUGUGCCUGUGACAUUUGAGGCUUUAUUUAUAGCCUUCCCCCCACUUUUAGAUCAUCAAAGCAGCUUGCAAACUUGUUUGGAAAAAAAUGUUCAGAAUCUCAUCAGGGACAGGCUUCCACAUACAGACCUUCUAUCCUAGAACUAUCUCCCUUGCCCUUUGCAAUUAUUCGCAACCUCUUCAGUCUGGCUGUCUUGGCCUCCAGCAGUCGAGCAACAGAGCACCCCUUUCCCAGAAGCGCAUUCCCUAUUAAACAAAAUUUGGGGCUGUUGUUGAUACCAAUGUAUGGGUCAUGAGGUUCAACUUGCUCCUUCCACCCAGUUCUUCCUGUGGAUGCUGUUAUAUGUAUAUUUGUUUGCACUCACAUAACAUAAAUGAGAACCCCCUUUGUAAGUCCUCUAGGAAUCAAUUGUACUUAAAGGGCAUUUGGGCCAGAGCUACAGUAAGAGUGGGUAGGUUCUAUACCUGCUGCUCUAACAUCGCAUUUGUUUUUCAGGUGUGAAUGCUUCGGUUUCCAAUUUUUCUGCCACCCCUACCCCAAAUGUGUCCGUUGACAUGGUGGAGCCAACCAACAGCUACAAUGGGACUUCAAAGAAUGAGACUGUAGUUGUCAACGUGACUGAUACGGGAUAUGCUACGCCUUUGAAUCACCAGCAAACCUAUUACCAUAAGCACGCCCCUCCCAUCCUGAAAAUACAGCCAGUGCUGGAAAUGAGUGGCAGUGUGAAAUCCAGCAUUCCCUACAACCCCCCCAAGAGAGGCUCUCCAAGGCAGGCUGCCCACAGGCAUUUUGAUAUCAAUGAGCACCUGCCCUGGAUGAUCGUGCUGCUGCUGCUGCUUGUGCUGGUGGUGAUCGUUGUGUGCAGUGUCCGUAAAAGUUCUCGAACUCUAAAGAAAGGACCAAGGCAGGAUCCCAGUGCCAUUGUCGAAAAGUCCGUUUCGAGAAAAUCUUCCACUCUGACUCAGAACAGGGAGAAAUGGAUCUACUACUGCAAUGGACACGGUGAGUGAUGUCGAGCAAAUUCCACAAAUGAAACCUAGAGAAUUCUGUUCAUAACUGAAAUUGUUCAUCCUGUUUAACUUAAAACAAGAGUUUUGCAGCACAUUAAAGACCAUGCUAUUGAAGCUGGCAUUUUUCAGUUGGGGAAAAACAGCUUUGUGACAAGAUGGGAUGGCAGCUUGGAGUAGGAAAACAAGCGAUGGGGAUAGGAUCUUUCCCACCUCCACCUGCCCCAGAACUAGAGAUUGAAAUCUCCCAUGGCUACUUUUUGGAAAGAAGUAUGGCCAUUCCGAAACAGCAGCUUAAAAGUUGCCUCUGGUUUGAUCCUAAACUUAAAGCACUAUGGAAGUGGAAUGGCGUGCCUUGACGAGCUUUGUAUUCGUAAAAGCUGUUUGCUAUUAACUCCUGAGCGUCUGUGAUGUGGCAAUUAUCUCAAAAUGGCUCAGCAGGUUAAAGCAAAUGCUGAUGUGGUCCAUUUCUCUUGCGUGUUUGCUGGCUUAUCUGCCUGUGUCUGUGCCAGGUGUAUUCUUGCAUUACUUAAGGCACGGUUCUUCAAAUAGUUCCUAUAAGGAUACUAGUAUAAAUGCAUAACAUUUCCAUUGUCUUCAGCAGAGAAUAAAGUGAGAAAGCCCAGAAUGGCUAUCAUAAUACUGUUGAUAGAUCAGUCAGCUGAAAAAUGUAUGCAGGCUUCCAAGUUAGUUUUCUUAUUCAGCAGAAUAGAAAUAUGCUCAAGGUUGUGGAGAGUCCUCAGGACUACUUUGAAUUACUGUCUUCAGAGAUGGCUAAGCCCCAGUUCAGGGACCCAAUCUGCCCCCUUCCCAGGAAAAAGAAAUAAAGUAGGCUGUGCUGGGGUGAGCAGAGGCCAGUGCCUGCUGCGCAACUGGGACUUGCACAGUUGGGUGGAGAUCAGCUGAAGAGAGAGGGCUUAUUUGGCUUGUGGGGGGUGGUUGCCCUCAUUUCUGGCUACCCCAGCUGUGUGCAUUGUACCCUGCAAUGCUGGCAAAGGUAAAAUUUAGCUCUUGGGUCAGGAAAGGUUAGCCAGCCCUCCAUUAAACUAUGCCACAAUUUUAUGGACCCCUCAGCAGGUUUAAUCUUCCUCAAAAAUAUAUUCUGCUACAAAACUUAAAUACAGAAUCAGUGAUUAUACAUCACAGAUGGUUUUAAGACUUCCACCGCUUUUAUAUAUUUGCAGCAGGAGCUCCAGAGAGAGAGAGAAGCUAUGCUCCUGGCCUUUUCCCCCCUGUGAUACCCCACCAUUGCCUUUAAUUUUAGUCUUGCCCACAGUUGGCAUGUGACCCCACCCAAAAACCCUAAGAGGAUGUGCCUUUUGACAAAAACCGAGGUGGAAAUCUAUCUAAUGUCUUCCUUUCUUUCUAAAAUUUAUAAUAAGAAAAUUCUACCUCUAGCACACUUUUGUGCCCCCUUUGGCAGGCCCACUUGCAGCUUUGCCCCCCACCCCUGGCAUUAAACCUGAAUAGGGAAUUCUGCAUUCAUUCAUAAAGCCAAGGCUCUUCUCUCCGCCUCCAGUUACUUUUGGCAAAUGGGAACGCACAGCUUUUCCAAGUGAUUACAUGAAAGUGGGGUGCUGACUGCAUCUUCCUCAACUUCAAAUGCUUCUCUAGAGGCUGUACUCUUUUCUUUUUCUUUUUAAAGAAACAUAGACGCUGCCUUCACUUCACUCUAGGGGAGGCUCCUUGUUUAACAUGAACUGCCUAGUUCCUGGAAUAUAGAUUUUCAAGCAACUUAUAGGGUCUUCACCUGAGUCACCCUGCCAGUGCGUUCUUUCUCUGGAAUUUGCCGAUAGCUGCCUCCAAGCUGGCUAAUGCUUAAUGGCGAUAUGCAAGUAUCCGGGGGGGGGGGGGAGCCUACCUGUUAGCCUUUGCUUGCCUGAUGCCUUACUCCUCCCCAGGAGGCAGGGAACCAAACAGUAGCCACUCUCAGCAAAACAGGUCACUGUGGCGCACGCUGCCAAAAAGGGCUGCCUUUCCUAGUUGUUUCAGUCUGUUGCUCUUAAUUGAUCCCUUUGCUCUUAAUUUGCCCCUUCUUCUUUUUAAAUAAAUGUUAUUGUUGCAACACAAACACACACGGCACUAAAAGAAUAAACUUAGAAAGAAAAUACUGUACAAAUACAAGUACGAAUAUAGACACAAAUAAUAAACAAAUAAUAAACAUAUCACCAUAUUUCACUUCUUGCUUUCUUCUAAUUGACUUCCUUCGUCCUCAACGCGGGUUUAAAACCAGUGCAGCGCACAGAAAUGCCGUUUGCCUUCCUGCUGGAGUGGUACCUAUUUAUCUACUUGCACUUCGUGCUUUCGAACUGCUAGGUUGGCAGGAGCAGGGACCGAGCAACGGGAGCUCACCCCGUUGCGGGGAUUCGAACCGCCGACCUUCUGAUCGGCAAGUCCUAGGCUCUGGUUUAACCCACAGUGCCACCCACGUCUACUUUCAUAUUUAAUAAACUGUUUCCUUCUCAUUUCGUUUUCUCCUACUUUUCUUUCUAUUUUAGACUUUAACAGCUUAAUUUGUUUUGCAAAAGUUAAUCAAAACAAGUCCACGUAUUAAUUUGAGGACACUGCUUUUUAAGAUAAUCUCUAUUUUCCCCAUUCCUUUUGAAAGUUUUGUUUAGACUGACCCCUAACUGCAUCUGUCAUUCUAGCCAACUCAAAGUAAUCACAUAAUUUUUCUUGCCAUUCUUUUUUUGUUGGUCUGACUUGUUUUUCCAAUUUUUGGCAAUUAGGAUUCUUGCCGCCGAUGUUGCAUACAGGAAUAUUUUUGUGUUUUCCCCAGUGAUAUCUGAAUCUAAUAUUCCCAAUAGAAAAGCUUCUGGGUUGUUGUUUUUUUACGAAAGUUUAUUUAAAUAUUUUCUUCAACUCCUCAUAUACCAAAUCCCAGAAGUUCUUAAUUUUAUCACAGGUCCACCACAUAUGUAGGCGCGUCCCCGCUGCUUGAUUGCACCUCCAGCAGAAUUUAGGUUUUGUUUUAUACAUUUUAAAUAUUUUGCGUGAUGUUGAAUACCAUCUAUAAAACAUCUUUAACAAAUUUUCCUUUAUCGUCUCACAAGCUGCAAAUCUCCAAUUCUCUUUCCAUAAUUUCCCCCAUGAUGAUAACUGAAUAGGUUUGCCAAUGUCCAUUGCCCAUUUAAUCAUUACCUCUUUUACUUGUUCAUCCUUCACCUCCCACUCUAGUAAAGUUUCAUACAUUUUUGAGAUUACCUUUAUCCUAUUUUGUAACAAUUCUUUGUCCUAUAUUCAAAUUUCUCUUGCAAAACCUUUUUUUUAAUCUGUUCUGAACACUUCCGAACAGUGUUCUGAUGGUGGUACUGAAUCCACCCUGUUUGGUGAUGUUUUACUUCCUCAUAUUUUUUCAGUUUCAAUUUGUUACCUUUUUCUUCUAGUAAUUAAUUUGCCCCUUCUAGGCAACUAUGCAAGUUGAGCCCUGAAGGAGAAAGCUGGACUGGGCAGGGCUGACGGGGCAAUGAGGUAGGGUGUUCAUGAGCAGGGGGACAGAGGGCAUAUUUCCCAAGCACCCCCCCAAAAAAGAGGGGGGGGACUGAAGCCAGCACAGGAAAGGAGGAUGGAAUCAUGGAAAUUAAAUGGAAAAGAAAACAGGGAGGGUUUAGAUAAAGGAGGGAAUUAAUUGGAGCAUAUGUGAUUAUUAUUAUUUUUUAAGAUCCAUAACCUUAGUUUAGUUGAUCCAUAAGCCUAUAAUCUCAUGGAAAGUAGUAGCAUAGAAAAUGUUUAUAUCCUACAAAAUGAUCAUUUUAAUAUUUUUUCCCAAGUAAAUACCACCCAGUCUAAUGAGACUUAGUUCACGUACGUAAAAAUGAAAGCUCGGGAUUUGUGACUUUGCCAACUGCUGCGAUUUGGGGAUAAGGGGAAAGCCGAUCUGCAAUAUCUGUUCAAUGAGAACUGCAGUCUGCAAAUACUCAAAACUAGUUUUCAGCUUUAAAUUGCCUUUGUCCUGCUCCCCUUGCCCCCCUCUCAGUCCUCCUCACAAGCUCUUCCAGGUGAUUUGUGUUUAUGAUGUGGUUUUGUUUUCUGUCCAUGUUUGGGUUAUUGUGUGCUGAGCCUAGUUAGCUUUUUGUUAGAGAAAGGCACUCCACGCGUGUUCAGAGGUACUGGCUUGAGUUGGGCUGGUGUUAGACUCUGUAGUGAGGAAGUCUCAAGCUUGUUGAAAGCCUAACGUAAUAUAGUGAAUAAGAGCAAUUAUUUAUCAGCUGGCAUUCCCCCUGCUUCAAGUCUCAACACUAUCAUGAACUCACAAGGUGACUUGAGGCAGGCCACAGUCUUACACCCCCUUGAUGUGAGAGUCUGCCUAACUUUCCAAAGUAUUGUAAAGAUUGCUGUGAUAUAUAUUCCAGGGAGUUGUUAGACUGCGGAGAAAACAAUCAUUUUAAGGAGUAGUAGAUUUAUUGUGGCAUAAGUUUAUGGACCGGAGCUCACUGCAUGCAUCUGUGAGUACUCUGUACUACAAAAUGUCAUGCUGCAAUAAAGCUGUUUGUUUUCCAGUGUCAGAAGAUUCUUGCAGUCGGUGGAAUUCAGUGAGUUUGGCAAGAGUUCCCUUAAGAGAUUCUUUCAAUACUGUUAAGGGAACUCUUCUCGAACCCACUGAAUUCCACUGAUGGUAGCAGAUUGACAGGGCGAAUGGAGGUGGAUCACCCCCACUUGAUAGACGCGCUGACAAACACAGCAUUCCUCAGAUCCAAAGAUCUUCCAAAGGACCGCUGCAAUGUCCUACAGGGGCAGUGGGAGGGCAGCCCCCCUGGGGCAUGGACAAGGCUGUCUGCCUGAGGAAGGGAAGACUGGUGAGCCAGAAGAGGCUCUAAUGGCCUGUUGGCUUGCUUGAUCAAGAACUCCAUUCUGAAACUGCAGAGGUGCUUUCUGUGCAGCCAGUUUGCAAUGGGGGCACAUUUCACAGCUGUGUUCUGAGAGACUUGCACCCAAAAUGCCUUAUCAUGCUGGGACUUCGGCUCAUAUGUUGCGUUUGUAUUUUUCAUCUCUCCAUCAGUACUAAACAAGGUACCUGGUCCCUGAGUUUUGUUUUAAAGCUGCUCUUUGAAUAGAAAGGUCACUGCUUGCAAUAAAAGGAAAGUUUUAUUUCCUUAUACUAGUGAGUUGGCUGUGCAGUCUCUCAGAAUUUGGCAUCAGCAUAAAUGCCAGAGUAAUUCUGAAAUACAUUUGAGUUGUAACCAAGUGUUGAAGGUGGAAAGGAAAUCAUGGCUAUCAUCUUCAGUCCUCCUCAAUUUAAUAUAUAUCUUGGUCUUUCAGCUUCAAAUCAGCUUCAAAUUCUUCUAUGUGGUGCAUGGCUUCCAUGCUCCUGGUGGCAACAAACAAGUCUCCUUGCCCUUUGCUCCAUUGCCAACGGGAAGCAGAAGCAGAAGACAAUUGGCUGGCAGCCUUUGGCAAUGAAGACAAAUUAAAGGAGCCCUCCCACCACUUAGGGCAUAUGGGAAAGGGAUGUUGAGGCCCAAAGUAAGCUGGAUCCACAGGUUGCAGGAGGUAUUUUCCUCAUGUUCUCUCCUCUGGAACUUCACAUAGAGGGAAAUGGGGAAAGGUGCCUUCUGGAUGUCUGUAGAGCCCUGAGGUUCUGUAUGGAUAGAUAAGUGAGACAGUUUCUACUAAGCUUUCUCCAGAGGUGGUCCAGGUCAUCCAUCCUUUUCAAAUCCCAAAACUCUUCCUAUUAUUAUCUUUUCAGUCAUGGGGGAAUGUUGCUCCCCAUGGGCCCAACUCCCCACUGCCAGACUCCAGUGGAUAGAACUUGGGGUUCUAGUAAAAAACAAAGUAGAUCCUGAAAGUCCAAAGUCUGCCCAUCUCUGCAGUAUGGGAAUUGCAGAAGCACAAGCAAUAAUACCCAUUUUUUAAAACCCUUCAAAUUUAGGUGAACCAAAGUGGCAUCGCCAUAACUGCAUGAGGCAAUGAUCAGGGCUACUCAUAGGAUCCCCAACUUGGCACAUUUUUGGAGGACAUAAGGUGGCACCCUCAACUAUUAAGAAAGCUAGAGCAUUGGUGUUUGCCUCUCAGUGAACCUUCUGGUUCAGAAAAAAAUAUUAACCAGUAGACUACAAAAAAGCUUUUGAAAUACCGCUGUGAGGGACCUUGUUGCUUGGUCCGAAUAUGCAACGAUGACCCCUGGGAAUACUAAGCGAAAUUCAAUUUUCUUUUGGUUUAUCACCCGUCAAACAGGCAUUGACAUUCUGAAGCUGGUGGCAGCCCAAGUUGGAAGCCAGUGGAAGGAGAUCUACCAGUUCCUGUGCAAUGCAAGCGAGCGGGAGGUGGCUGCUUUCACCAGCAGCUAUUCUGCAGACCACGAGAGGGCCUAUGCAGCUUUACAGCACUGGACCAUCAGGGGCUCUGAAGCCAGCCUUGCCCAGCUGAUCAGUGCUCUCCGUCAGCACCGGCGCACGGAUGUGGUGGAGAAGAUCAGGGGCUUAAUGGAAGACACGACACAGGUAAGAUACACAUGUAAUGCUUGGCUCUGUUAGCUCAUGCCCAGCACAAUCCUGACCAUGUCAGCUCAGAGGUAAGACCUAUUGGAUUCAAUGGGACUUACUUUCAGGUAAGUGGAAUUAGAGCUGCAGCAUUAGUGAAUUAAGGCUCGGUCCCUGCUGCUGAUUUUGAGGCCUACAAACAGGAUAGCCCUUUGUAGGGUUUAACUACCUUCAUAGCACCAUAGACUUGUAGAACUGGAAGGAAGACUGGUGGUCAUCCGGUCCAGUCCCCUGCAAUGCAGGAAUCUUAACUCAUAUCCUUACAUUCCUGGCAAAAUGUUGCCAGUUUCUUAUGGCCUGAAAGAUUUUCCUCAACGAUCUGAUGGAGCUCCACUUUUUGUGUACCAUGAAUUCAUGGAACCUGGAGGAAAUCAUGCAUCCCGUUUUGAGAGGUGGCUGUGCCGAUAGAUAAUAACGGAACCCUUGUGUUCUUGGACCAGACCUUCGCCUCCUUCAGGCAUCCUGGUAUUGGUUACAUGUGUCAAGCAGGAAUUGUACAGCAAAAUACAGGGAGCUAGCAGAAGAAUUCCCCUUUCCCCUUGUUUCCUUGUUCCUUGUUUCACUCCAUGCUUCUGUAAGCAGUUGGAAGCCCUGAAAUGACACUAGUACCUACCAAUUAAGCAGUGCAUAAUGUAGUUUAAAGUUGCUUUCUGAAACAAUUGGCCAGUGUCAAUCCUAUAGUUAAGCAGCAAAGUGGGACUUUACCACUAUCUUCCAGCAAUCUCUCAGUAUUACGGAGAUCCUGAUUAUACCACAGAGAGUGCACCAUUUCAUAAUGCCAAGUCAGCAGCAGGUGAUUUUCUACACAUUUAUUUAAAUCAGGUUUGCCUCUGCCUUUUAUUUUUAAACUGUAUUAUACUUUUCCAAGCACGUUUCUGAGCACAAUUCAAAGUGUUGGUGCUGACCUUUAAAGCCCUAAAUGGCCUGGGUCCUGUAUACCUGAAGGAGCAUCUCCACCCUCCUUGUUCAGCCCAGACACUGAGGUCCAGCUCCAAGGGCCUUCUGGCGGUUCCCUCACUGCAAGAAGCCAAGUUACAGGAAACCAGGCAGAGGGCCUUCUCGGUGGUGGCUCCUGCCCUGUGAAAUGCCCUCCCAUCAGAUGUCAAGGAAAUAAGCAACUAUCUUACUUUUAAAAGACAUCUGAAGGUUGCCCUGUUUAGGGAAGUUUUUAAUGUUUAAUGCUGUAUUGUGUUUUUAACAUCCAACUGAUGGGCGGGGUAUAAAUAAUAUAUUAUUUAUCAUUAUUUUUAUUAUGAUUACUUAUGGGCAUUCAUGUUUCCUUUUGCUGAAAAUCUUCUCUCUGAAGAAAGACCUGACUAACGCAAUUAUGUGGGUUGUUGGUCCAAAGCCAGAGGCUUUUCUGACAACAUUGAGCUUUUGUUCUUGUUCCUGUUUUCCCUAGUAAAUAUACUUUGCAAUAGAUCAUGGUGUAUCAAAAAGUUUUGUGUGUUAUUGUGUUCCUUUCAGUGGGGCAGUUUUUUUACGAACAGGGUGCUGCAUGAGUGACUCCUCAAGUCUGUUUUGUGUUAUCUGAAAUUUGCUCUCCUAGGCUUCGUUCUUGUGGGUGCAGGAUUCUCAGCUGUAACCUGAGCAGAGUCAUCUGUGCACCAAGCUUGGCUUCUGAUUCAUUGUUUUAAAUAAUGAAUACCUUCGUCUCACCAUGUUAUGCGCUGCAGUUCCUGUUCUAAUUUUAAGCAGCAGAAAGCUAAGCAUUUUUCUCUAACCUCUUCUUAACUGUGCCACACACAGCUGUUGUCUCUGUGUUCGGUGCUAGAUGAGUUCUUGCAUCAAAUAUUUGUGUCUAAAAGCUUAAUGCAACAUCACCCUACCUAAAAUCAUGUCAUGAAUAUGAUUCUUUGUCUGUUAUGUUUCUGUGGGAACUCAAAGGAACUGCAGAAUGUGGUAGUGGGUGCAGACUUCAACUUGUAUCUUAAGAAUUCAUUCCUUCGUUCAUUCAAAGCUUCACAGAACAGCUUACAUAUCAAUAUGAUGAACAAAGUCCCUGCCCUCAGGCUAGCAGUGUGAAAAGACCUAGACACACGAGGAGGUGUCUUGUGAGGUGCUGGGCUCUCCUACCUUGGAGGUGUUUAAGCAGAGGUUGGUUGGCCAUCUGUGAGGGAGGGAUGCUUUGGCUGAGAUUCCUGCAUUGCAGAGGGUUGGACUAGAUGACCCUCACGGUCUCCUCCAACUAUGUCAUGGCUUUCAUUGGCUUUUCUGGUUGCAAAUGUACAUUUUCAGUUGGUGAUAUCCAGCCAAGUCAUAGUCUGAGUACUUAAAGUAAUUCACUUAAGUCCAUUGAUUUCAAUGGGCUUACUGUGAACAUGGCUGACAUUGACUAUUGCUCAAUGCCUCACCCAUGCCCGAUGAAGUCUCCAAAGUGAAAGGAAUACAGUGGUACCUCGGGUUAAGAACUGAACUCGUUCCAGAGGUCCGUUCUCAACCUGAAACCAUUUUUAACCUGAGGUACCACUUUAGUUAAUGGGGCCUCCCACUGCCGCCACACGAUUUCUGUUCUCAUCCUGAAGCAAAGUUCUUAACCCGAGGUACUAUUUCUGGGUUAGCGGAGUCUGUAACCUGAAGCGUUUGUAACCCGAGGUUCCACUGUAGUUUCCAUGGGGCAGAUGGUGGGGCUUCAGUGCCUUGUGUGUAAUUAAUUCCUUGGCUCAUCCCUAUGACUGCUGGAAAGAGAAUAAAUGAGGUAAAAUGAGGAAGUGUGUAGAUUUGCCCAAUUCAAGCCAGUUGCAGAAUUUGGUUACUUGGUGCAGAAGUUUGAUAACAGUUUUGCAUACAGUCUUGGAGGUGACAGAAAAUCAGUCCUGGGUUGUUGUGUUCAGUAUUCUGUUAGUAUCCAUUCCUGCUCCAGUAGGAUAUCCAAUAAGAAGUCGUCAUCGUCUGAUCUGGAUUUUGCAUUCCAUUGUCCCAGUGCAAAAUCCUGGACACUGUUCAUUUGAGUCCUCUGGUGUGGCAUGUUUAAAAACCACUCUGUGCAGUACAUGGGGACAGGAGAAACUGCCUUUUGCUGAGCUCGGUUGCUGGUUCAUCUCUCUCAAUACUGGGCUGGCAUCAGCUCUCCGGCGUUUCAGAGGGGAUAAUCCCAGCCCUGCCAAGAGGGACCUUCUUCUGCAUGCCGAGCAGGUGCUCUGCUGCUGAGCUACAGCCCGCCCUUCUCCAUAGCAGCCGUUUGUCCAAGAACAUCAAGUGUGUACUGACUGACUGACUCUUUGGCAGAAAGCCAGCGGUGUUUCAUAACAGCCUCCUAGUGUUUUGCUUACAGUACAUGUACAGUCAGCAGAUUUGCAUGACAUUUUUCCUGCAUAAAUUGGGCUUCUAAAAACUAUUAUUGCAUGAAUGCCAUAAAACUGAAGGAAAGGAAAGCAGUCCCCUUAAGUGCAUCUGGCUGGCUGGCUGGCUAGGUGGCUCUUUGUGUUCCCAGACCCUUGUCCCCAUCGCCAGGAUACUGUAAGUUGUUAGGGGUUCAAAUAGACUAAUAAUCCCUAAUUCUUCCCCUCCCUUUUUAACUGACACUCUCAAUGUUUCAUAAGUCCUGGAAUAUUGGUACUGUCAGGCUGUUCAGGUUCUUGUUUGCAAACUAAUACGCUUCUGUGUAUAUGGGAGGAGGGGGAAAGGGCCCUAAGUAUGCAGAAAUGACUGACUUGUUUUGGGUGGUUUUGCUUUGCUUUGCUUCCCAACCACCGAAGUUUGGUAUUAAAGGUAAAGGGACCCCUGACCAUUAGGUCCAGUCGUGGACGACUCUGGGGUUGCGGCACUCAUCUCACUUUACUGACCGAGGGAGCCGGCAUAGAAUCAUAGAAUCAUAGAGUUGGAAGAGACCACAAGGGCCAUCGAGACCAACCCCCUGCCAAGCAGGAAACACCAUCAGAGCACUCCUGACAUAUGGUUGUCAAGCCUCUGCUUAAAGACCUCAUGUGGCCAGCAUGACUAAGCCACUUCUGGCGAACCAGAGCAGCGCACGGAAAUGCCGUUUACCUUCCCACUGAAGUAGUACCUAUUUAUCUACUUGCACUUUGUGCUUUCAAACUGCUAGGUCGGCAGGAGCAGGGACCGAGCAACGGGAGCUCACCCCGUCAUGGGGAUUCGAACUGCCGACCUUCUGAUCGGCAAGCCCUAGGCUCAGUGGUUUAACCCACAGCGCCAGCUGCAUCCCUAUGGAUGCUUGCAACAAAAUGCUGCAGUGUGACAAAUCCCCCAACAGGAAUGCUCCUGUUCAAGCUUUAUGGGCAUGCAUAUGUACUCAGUGCUUGGUUUGGGCCCCUUUUGCAUCAAUUACUGCGGCGUGGCAUGGAUGCUAUCAGCCUGUGGCACUGCUGAGGUGUUAUGGAAGACUUCUUCAAUAGCUUCAAUAGCAACCUUCAGCUCUUCUGCUUUCUCGGUCUCAUGUCUCUCAUCUUUCUCUUAGCAAUGCCCCAUAGAUGCUCUAUGGGCUUCAGGUCAGGUGAGUUUGCUGGCCAAUCAAGCACAGUAAUCCCAUGGGCAUCGAACCAGGUUUUGGUACUUUUGGAAGUGUGGGCAGGUGCCAAAGUCCUGCUGGAAAAUGAAGUCAGCGUCUCCAUAAAGCUCGUCUGCGGAAGGAAGCACAAAGUGCUCCAAAAUCUCCUGGUAGACGGCUGCGUUGACCCUGGACUUCAUGAAGCACAGGCUGAUAGCAUCCAUGCCACGCUGCAUUGAGGCAGUAAUUGAUGCAAAAGGGGCCCAAACCAAGCACUGAGUACAUAUGCAUGCUUCUACUUCUCAGAGGUCCAAUAUUGCUCUAUUUGCAGUCCUUGUUUUGCUGAUUUCAUUUAAUAUUCUAAUUUUCUGAGAUUGUUAAUUUGGGGUUUUCAUCAGCUGUAUGCCAUGAUCAUCACAAUUAUAACAAAUAAAGGCUUGACAUAUCUCGCUUUGCGUGUCAUGAGUCUAUCUCAUAUAUUAGUUUCAUCUUUUAAGUUGAAUUACUGAAAUAAAUGAACUUUUCCAUGAUAUUCUAAUUUUCCAAGUUUCACCUGUAGACAUGAUGGUGUGAGCGGGGAAUUGUAAAUAGCAGGGUCUUGGAAAUUGUUGAACCUUUCUUUUUUUAAAACACCCACAUGUAAUAUUUCUGUGAGAUUUGUCUGCAUUACAAACCACGGUUUAGUAUUGCAUCUGAUCUGGGCCAUAGUCAUCUUGGCUACUGGGCAAGCUGGCUGUAGUUGUUAUGCAGGUGCUAUAAUUAAUACAACACUUUCCAUUUACACAGCUCUUUAUCUCACCUGGCCACAACCUUGUAAGGUAGGCCAGCAGGAUUACCAUGUGGACUGAGGCUGAAAGAAUAGUGACUGUCCCAAGACCAUCUACUGGAUUUGUGACAAAUGCGAGAUUUGAAUGGAAGCGAGUUGAGUCCCGCUUGAUCGUUUCACUUCCCCAGCUCUGCAUGUGGUUGGAAAUUUGAGCUUCUAAUCUGCUCUUUGGCUACAGAAUCCACCCACCUCUGGUGAAAAUAAAGGAAGGGGUCAAGUAUGCCCCUGGGAGAAAUUCUGGCAGACUAGACACCUACCAUUUUGAUGUUGGCGCUGAUAAGGAAAAGUUCUGGGGUGAGAGACUACUCAACAGCCCAGUACAAGUCCCCCACAGGUCCAUGCGGUCAGUAAAAGAAGGAAAUUCUAGCCAAACAGUGGUCAGUAGAUCAUGAUCUUUAUUGUUGCUCAGCAGGUCCCCACAGGAGUAAGGAACUCCGAGCAUGGGGCAACAUUGACUUUUAAAACUUCCCACAAUAUCCCAGAAUACAGUUCAUGCAGCAUCAUUGAUACAUCAUCUUUACAUCACUGACAUGUCACAAAAGGGGAGGGGGUAGACAGAGGUUACACUAGUUCAACCUUGGCAAACAUGUCCAGACGAGACCUUGGUACAAGAUUAAGCAUAGGCAAAACAUGUCCAAGCGCCUCUCAUGGGGGUAUGGGUUUGUUUUUGUUUGCAUUUUUUAUUAUGUGUUUCGUGUUUUUUAUCUCGUAUUUUUUAUGUUGUGAACUGCCCUGAGAUCUAUGGUUAAAGGGUGGUGUACAAAUGGGACGCGGGUGGCGCUGUGGGUAAAAGCCUCAGCGCCUAGGACUUGCCGAUUGAAAGGUCGGCGGUUCGAAUCCCCGCGGCGGGGUGCGCUCCUAUUGCUCAGUCCCAGCACAUGCCAACCUAGCAGUUUGAAAGCACCCCCGGCUGCAAGUAGAUAAAUAGGGACCGCUUACUGGCGGGAAGGUAAACGGCGUUUCCGUGUGCUGCGCUGGCUCGCCAGAUGCAGCUUUGUCACGCUGGCCACGUGACCCGGAAGUGUCUCCGGACAGCGCUGGCCCCCGGCCUCUUAAGUGAGAUGGGUGCACAACCCCAGAGUCGGACACGACUGGCCCGUACGGGCAGGGGUACCUUUACCUUUACAAAUUUAAUAAAUACAUAAAUAAAAAUAUUUUUAAAAUACAGGAUUUUAGCAGAGAAUUGCAUGACUGGGAUCCGACUGUUUAGCCUGAAGGCUGCCUAGAAGGAGACACACAGAGUCUGGAGAGUCGUGGUGGAUUAUACUGGGUUCAUGGAGAUAUUUUAUUAGCAGUCAUGGGAGCUAAUUGCCUUGAGUAACUGAGGGUAACAGUAUCUGCUCUCCUGGGCGUCCUCUUCUGUCCUCCUAUGACCCCUUUUCAUUUCCUAUUUCCUCUUGUCUCUCCCUUCCCUGCCAGUGCCAGCUGCUCCUGACGCAGGCCCAGUCAGCCGCAUUGCACAGAGGCAGCCCUUUCUUUGGGAAGGACCAGGAAGCUCUGGGCCCAGAUGCUCCAUGCUGCAAUUUAGGGAAGCCACAGGGCUGAGAAGCAGUUUAGGAACCUGCUUCCGAGCCCAGUGGAGAUUGGGCCGACUGCUUGAACGAACGGCUCAGAAUGUGUUUUUAUUGCCGUUAAACCUUCUCAGUUUAACAGCACUGACUUCUGUAUAUUGAUGAUUCCGACUGGAAUAUUUACUCAUUUUGCGUCUCGUGUUUGGGCCAUGUAUUGAGGCCUUUUUACUGGUGGUUAGCAAUAUUAAUCUCUCUUGACUUAAACUGCCAGGAAUGCCACAGCUACGAAUGUUGGGUUGAUCAAAAAAGUAGCAAGCUAUCUCUAGUUAGCAAAGCAGUAAGUAUUUGGAUGUUUGCGAGACCUAGCACCCUUGACGGAAUGCUUGUGAGCUGGAGGGAGGCAAGCAAGUCCUGUGCUCACCUUGGUCCAAAAUAAAAAAAAAAUCCGUCCAGUAGCACCUUAGAGACCAACUAAGUUUGUUAUUGGUAUGAGCUUUCGUGUGCAUGCACACUUCUUCAGAUACACAAAAGCUCAUACCAAUAACAAACUUAGUUGGUCUCUAAGGUGCUACUGGACAGAAUUUUUUAAUUUUGUUUCGACUACGGCAGACCAACACAGCUACCUACCUAUAACUAGAACUAUGGAAGGCAUCACCUUGGUCCAGUGAGUCCCACCACUGAAAGGCCCUUCUACUGACUCUGGGGAAUGUAACGGAGGCGGGCAGAUACUCCCUGAGCCCAAGUAGAGCAGAGUUUUCUCCUGGGGAUGCAACCUGGGGCUCAAAUGUCAUUCUCCCCAGUGGAAAUGACAUGGAUAAUGUUAAUUUCCACCUGGAGCUCUGUGACUCGUGGUCCCGGCAGGAAAAGGCGCUCCACCAGUAGCAGAAUACAGUGGUACCUCGGGUUACAAACACCUCAGGUUACAGACUCUGCUAACCCAGAAAUAGUACCUUGGGUUAAGAACUUUGUUUCAGGGUGAGAACAGAAAUCGUGUGGCGGCAGUGGGAGGCCCCAUUAACUUAAAGUGGUACCUCAGGUUAAAAACGGUUUCAGGUUGAGAACGGACCUCCGGAACGAAUUAAGUUUGUAACCAGAGGUACCACUGUACUGGGCUUUGGGAGCAGUCCUUGAACUUUGUGUGACUGUUUCGUUUGAACACUGGCAAAUAAAUGGACCCUUUUGGGCUGAGCAGUUCAGUUGCUCGUGCGUUCCUAUUUCCAGCGAGGAAGGCAGUAGCUAUUUGGCGGAAAAGCAUUUUUAAGGCUUUGGUCAUGAUUGAGCCUGAGCAAGUGGCUUUUCUUCUUGCUUUAAUACAAUUCUAAUUCCUAUUAAUUCUCUUUCCUUGCCAUAUUCAAAUAUAUGUACAGGCCGUAGCUCAGAAGCAAAGCACAUAUCUGAUGCCGACAUCCAUUGUCCCCAACACCUUCCAUUAAAAACAUCUCUGGUUGCAUGGCUGGAGGUACAUGCGGCCGCAGGAACAUUUUAGCUUCUGCCUUUGGCAUUGUCUCUGAGCAUGUCUUCUCUCUCACACAGUGUUCUGUAUUCUGUAACAUGUAAAGACAUUGUAGCCUAGCACCUUCUUUAGCAUGCUAAUUUCCUACCCACAAAGGGAAUUUCCAAUAGGAUGAGCCCCUCCUGCGAUCUGGCCCACCUCAUUCUGCUGUCUCCUAGCCUCCAUUACGUGUGCUCAAGCACAAAACCAUGCACAAGGGCGCUCGUUCAGAGGGGGAAGAAGAGAAGAGGACGGAGCUACCAGUCAUCUAAGCUACCAAAUAUCAAAGCCCAAACAGUUGCUGUGUAGGAAACUUGUUUCUGCUUCUCUCUUUUUGCAUGUGGAACCUGCACGUGCUCAGCUGAGUUCACUUGAGUUUUAAGACAUUUUUACAUGAAUGCUGCUUUGUUCAAAUUGAGAAUUGAAUUGGCUAGCUGAGCCCUCUGUGCGUGUGUUUAUUCUCCUUUUGUUCUUGGGAACCCUUCCGCCCCCCCCUUUAAAGCAAGGCUCUGUGGGUGAGUCAGCGUUCAGCCCCGGCUGCAAUAGACUUGCUCUUGAUGUCAGAGCAUUAGGCAGGAUGCUGGCAUGCACAGAGGGUCCUAAGAGGCUCUUUGUCCAUCUAGUGGUUAAAUAAUUCAGUUUUGCUUACCCCCCCCCCUUUUACUGUGUCCACUUCUUUAAAAAUUCACUUAAAAGUAUAUUACUUUAAAAGCCCCAUUGGACGUUCAAGUUCCAAAAGAACAUUCUCAAACCGGAAAAUCACUUCUGGGUUUACAGUGUUCAGGAACCAAAAUGUCCGAGUUCCAGGGCGUUUGACAACCAAGGUACGACUGUUUCUUGGGGAAAGGGCAGCCUCUUCUUACUAUUCAACACAGGCACUUUUGUGCAAGUUACUGAUGCCUCAAAGCCAUUUAUUAGUUUUAGUGUUUAACGGAAACCCAAAUGAGUAACUGUACAUUCAAAAGUAAUUGAUAUAAACUACUGUAAGAUGGCAUGCAGUUUCAUAGUGCAAUGAAACCAGAGCUUUUGCCCUCCUGAAGAGGGGCGAGCAACUGCCUCAGGCAGCAGCAACAGACAAGGCAACAGGAAGGGAGCUUCAGAAAGCAGAGGGUUGUCUGUUGCUCCCUCCCCUAGUCUGGCGGACUGGCAAGAAGCCCUUGCAGAGUCCGGCCCCGAGCCCCUCACCCCGCAUGCUCAGCAGGGAAGCUUUGCAAGGGGUUCUCCUUAAGGUUGUUCAACCCAGCUGUGAAAGUUAGACCGUGGGGUGCAGAGAAUGACCUGGCCCACCAGCCCAGAAGGGUUCUCCACUCCUGCUCAAAACCAGCAUUUAUUGGCCUGUGAUUUUAAACCUGAGUGAGAGAGAACCUGCACUGACUCAUCUUGUGUGUGUGCUCUGAAGUCAGCCCUGUUGCUGCAACUGCUUCAUCAUGAGGAUCAAUCAUUGCAUUUUUUCUGCCCCUGAAUGAACAACAACACCCCCCCCCCAAAAAAAAGGUACAGGAAAGAUUGGCAAUGUCCUGCUCCUUUUAUUGGCCCCACACUCAGUUGUGGAGUGGAGAAUUUCUUUAGCUAAUAAGCUUUUCAUGUUAAUGCCGAAUAAUUCUCUGCAAGCAGGUUGUUUUAAGUUCUCCUAGAAGUGGAUUGGCUGAUGGUUCUUCUCAGCCCUGCAGGGUGUGACCUCUUGCACUGCAGAGAUGCAAUACUGCUGACUCCUCAUGUCCGAUGCAUUUUGCGUCCUUGUCUUUCAGCUUGAAGUUGACAAAUCGGCUCUUCCUGCAAAUCUUGCUCCUCUAAGUCCUAGCCCAGCUCCAAAGCCAGAUGCAGCCAUUAUUCCCGUGGAUCCAUCUCCCUUGGAGAAGAACAAGUGCUUUUUUGUGGAUGAGUCAGAACCGCUUCUGCGUUGUGAUUCAACCUCCAGUGGCUGCUCUGCUCUGAGCCGAACAGGCUCCUUUAUUACCAAAGGUACUGAAUUUUGCCAGUCUGAAAUCUCAUCUCAUGCUUUAGUGUUUUUUGUCAGACUUCAAAGUAAAUGGAACAACAGUAACAUAUUAGGAAUGCAGACUUAGAUUUUGUUGCCCAAAAUACAGCAGUGUGUGUUUCUAAACAUUCCUUUUGAUGAUUAUCACCCAUAAGGCAAGUUAUCUACAAAGCAGCUUUGUUGUUGAUUUUAUGCCAUGCCAAACAUUUUAAAAUAACUGCAAUUGUUAGUUCCAUUUUUUCCUGUCAUUGCUCAAGGUGCAAUUCCCUCCCACUACUUUAUCCUAACAGACCUGUAUGGCCCAGGUGGGUCAUCUGGGGUACCAUUUUCCAUAAGCCAGGCAAGAGGAUGCUGGGCUACCAUGAUAGAGGGGUUUGGAAGAACCUUAGCCCCAAAAUGCUGGAAUCUGAGCUGAUAGGAAAACAGGAUAGAAAUAAGAAGCUCAGGGUAUUGCAAACAGGCCCUUAAGUGGGCAAGAAGCGGAUUCCACAUGAACCAGAUAUGGAUGGAUUAAUGAGCAGCAUUUGCAUAGCAAGUUUAGGGGUGGGGUGGGCUGAUUUGCUGCAAGAAUGCAGAUUUCCCUGUUGGGUUGGAUCCAGACUUACAGAGCAGUGCAAACCCUUGUUAUUCCAGGCUGGAUGGGUUUGGGAUGAAGUGGAGGUGUCUUUCCAUUCAGUUCUGCUUGGUUGUGCCGUUGGAGGUUUUACUGUUUCAUCCUUAGUCUCUGUUAGGUACUUGCAGCUAUCAGGCUGCCCUUAGGACUCUGGGAUAAGCAAGAAGUGGGUGGUCUCCAUUUUUCAAAACAUUAAGCUCAUCUGUUGCUGCAGUCUCUGUUACACACAGAUUUCUGGCUAGGCAGAAAGCAGGUGUAAAGAGAAAUAUGACAGUCUUAAUAGUAUAGUAGAAUUUCCUUUGAUUAAACAGUGUCUGCUCUAAGCACGCUGAGAGCCUGGAUCCAACCUCAGGAGUGUAACUUAUAGUUUGGCUCUGUGUUGAGGCUUCAGUUUGCAGCUGCAGAGGUUGCUGUGGCCAAGGGACUUUUGGCAAAUCCUGGGUUAAUAGCAAAACGCCCUCUUUCUUUCCACAGAAAAGAAGGAUACUGUGCUGCGACAGGUGCGCUUGGACCCCUGUGACCUGCAGCCCAUCUUUGACGACAUGCUUCACAUACUGAACCCAGAAGAGCUGCAUGCCAUUGAAGAGAUCCCACAGGCAGAAGAUAAGCUGGACAGGCUUUUCGAAAUUGCUGGUGUCAAGAGCCAGGAAGCAAGCCAGACUCUCCUGGAUUCGGUCUAUAGCCACCUGCCUGAUUUGCUCUAGACUGGCUCACCAAAUGAUUGCACGCUGCACACAUAUUCUGGCUGCUACUUGCGCUCGCUUGGCGCCUGUUAAAGACAACAUGCCGGCAGGAUAUUUUGUAGAACUUGUGGCCAGUAUUUUCUUCUAGGUUUUGCUUUUUCCUUCCUUGCCGGAGGAGGGAGGGGCAAUGUGCACCCUUUCAUGUUUAUUAUCUGAAUUAAAAGGUCUUGUUUCCCCCUCUUAAUUACAACAUUUUAACCUGUCAUUCUAACCACUUAAAAACAACAACCACAGAUAUUCUUUUCAAUUUUAUCUGUUGAAUUUGGACUGGCUUCAUCUACUUCUAAUCUCAUCAUCAAUUAGGGGUGUUUUUUGUUCUUCUUUUGAUGUUUUAUGUGUGGUUUUUUUUUUAACUCCAACUUGAAAUAUAUAUAUAUAUUUUCUCAUGGCAGGUAUUUUUAAUUCUCAUUUACUGCCCUGCUCAUAACUGGAGGCUUAUGUGAAAAACGGUUGUCAGUUUGAUCAGCUUUUCUUAAGACGUUAUAAAGAAAAAGCACCUGCACUGCUGGAUGAUUCCAAUUGUUGAUGUUUUACGAGCUCCUUGUAUGGUUUCCAAGUGGACAAAGCAGAUAUUGGUGGGCGACUCCUCCAAAACAUGUUACAUGUAAUUUCUCCAGCCUUCAAGAUAAUGACAUUUUGGCCUGCAGAUGAAUGUAAUUCUGUCCACUCAACUCAAGAGGAGUACUUUGCCUUGCCAUUUUAGGAUUUCAGUGGGCUUGGUAAUUUGGGUCAUUUUUGGAGUAGCACCUGGAGCUGGACUCUGGAAGGUAAACAAGAACCCUGGCAGGGCCACAUUUCUCAUUCUACAAGACAUUGAUUUGUGCUUCAAAUUUUUGUCUUUUUGUGUGUGUGUUUUUUUAAAAAAUCUAUACGGAUGUGGCCAAUAGGUUUCAAAUACCUCACUUGGUCUUUGCAUUUCCCCCUCCACACAGACAUCACUUUUUAUUAAAAAUGCUGCAUUGUAAGAAAUCUGCCUCUAUUAUAUUUGCAACUACUAUGCCAGUAAUAAACCAGUCCAUGGUAAUGCUUACUUUGGAGAGGAUGUUGCAAGGUGGAAUGUCCUACCUUGCAUGGGGAGGGGAAGGAGAGGAUGACGUUGAAAGAAACUUGCCUUCUGGUAUACUAAUUUAUUAAUAAAUAGGUGUUUGCUAUGUGAUGAUGUUUCUGUCUUAACCGCCAUCCUUUGUUGGAUACCUUGAAAACAGAGUUCUCAAUGCCGUGGCUGGGAUUUGAAUGAGUAAGUGUCCUGUCCCCCUUGUCCCGUCUUGAGACUGCAAUUCUGUACUCACUUA